UCCAGCGCCUAAGUGGCUCUGUGUACUUUUCACAAUUACUGUAUAUUCGCAAAGUCGUUAUUGUCAAGUUUCCCUAACGGAAGGAUGUCAACCUCUGGCGCGAUCAUCGUUAUCGCAUUAAGCGGUGUGCUGUUACAAGUCGGCGCAUGGCCAACGAAAUGGUAUGGUCAACCUUUGUAUAAAUAUGAUGAGCCCCUUGAAUUUGCGUUUGCAUGUACGGCCUCUUCCCCCGCAAUAACCAAAAAGUAUGAACGGAUUACCAAAGUAUUCACGGCAAACUGCAGUGAUCCGAAUAUCACUGAAAUCGCCAACGACUCCUCCCAAUCUGGCGAUCCAGCGAAUCAGAAUGUCACGCACCACGUUCGUUAUACGUGUCAUCAAAACGUGACCGGAGUCGAUUACCUGCUAAGCGGUCCGAUGGGAUGCGAUUUUGCGGAUGCAGAAAAUGGUUACUGCAGCAGCUGCACGACCAUGUACAACUCGAUCAUGUGCCAGUAUCAUCUCUUCUCUCUGAGUCGCCUCUCGAAAACCUGUGUCCCCAUUUUCGAUAAGCUCACCAAGUUGCAGCUUGUCAAACGGACAGACGAUAAUGAAUCGCCGUGGUAUACUUACACCGGUCCGAUGAGUCUCUCUGAUCACACGCGUAACUCAAAGGAAGGAGGUGGUCCCCCGUACUGUGACGGUGGAAAGCCGAGUAUGGUUCUCAGUCCCUGUUGCGUCCAGCCGGUUAUGGUGUUAGUCACUGGAGAGGGAUGCCGGCAAAAGGUCAUUUGUGGAACCCGUCCAGAAAAGAUUGUGCCGUUUAAAAUAAACUGGGAUAUCAGCAUGGAAUCCUGGAACGGGUCGCACUUUGAAGCCUGGAAUAGAAUGAUGUGGUAUUCACACCGUUUUCUAAAUGUAGCGAUGAACCAGUUGGAUACCUGCAUGAAUGCAACGGACCGUGUUUCCGUUGAUGAUCAGUGCAGUCGCUGUAAGGCAGACCCGUUUGUGAAGAGACUGUUCGAAGUUGGAUACACAGUGGUGACGGAUAUACCACUGCACAGACCAGAUUCUGAAUAUCCCGUUAUCCAAAAGUACAUUGCCCUGACGGAGGCCGGCCGCAAUAGAAAUUAAUAAUACCAAUGUCUCAUACCGGGGUAAUGAGUUAAAUAUUGUACGCAAUAAACUGCAUGGCCGACAAUGAACAU